GCAGGAGAAACGGACUGUAGUGCAGGCGGGCAUCGAUGGCAGCCAGCGCUAGAGAGGCUCGCCGUGCGUUGCAGACUAACUAGACUGGCUUUCUAACAAAUUCUGUAACCAGCAGCACAUUAAGCACAAGUAUGUUUUUGAGUUAUUGGUUAUUUAUACCGUAUACCGUGGAUGACUAGGAGAACAUGUGCAGUACUUUGUGAGGCGAUGCGGCGUGUAGUCAACAGGGGGCGCUGUUUAAUGAUAUGGAUAACCGUACACAGAAGCUGCUUCUUCGCAUUGGGGGUUCCUUGUUCAAAAUACUGUAAUGAUUAAAACCUGAAAUUAGGUUAAAAAUACUAAACUCGAACGAGACACGUAGUUACAGUGUUUAUGAUAUGUUGUCGAGGUGCAAAAAAACUAGUUUGAACUUUAAUGUGAUCAAAUUAGCUAAAUGCAAGUAGCAAUCUGGAAUAAAACUAAUACACAAAAAAGAAGACAACAAAGUACAUUUAUUAUUUAAUUGCAGCAUAACUCUUAAAAAGCAUUAUAUAUAAAAUUUUAAAAUUUAAAAAAGUAAACGAGAAGGAUAAUGAACCUAAACUGAAACGGAAUGUUUAGUUCUGUAUCACAAUAGUUGGUUGGUGCAUCAGAGCACAAAUAAUCACUGAAUGAAUAGGCCUUUAAGUAGGCUGUUAGAGGGAUUUCCUAAGCUGCGUGUUCCCUUUGUGUCGUGUGGUUUGUGGUAAUAUUAGUAAUUGAAAAGACAACAGCUGCAGGCAUGUAUUGCAUUAUUAUAUAACAUGUUCUCGGGCCCUGUGUUACAGGAGGUUUCGUGUCAUAAUGCACAGAGCUGCAGGAACAAUGUCAUUUUACACACAACGAGCUGGAGGACUGCAACAUGAGUAGUGACACAGUUCCUACCCCCUGGUCACAGCAGCGUUUCCAUGUCACUGGUCCACUCAUUAAUGUUAAUGUGAGGACAAAACAGUAAUUACCAUUCAUUUAUAAUGAUUGCUUAUUCUAAAUACAGAUAGGCAAAUAUAAACAAUACAAACAAACUAUACUCACUCACUUCAUUAAUGAUGUGCAUUUAAUUAAUGAAAGAGUUAUUCAUCAAAUGAAAAUGUUCCAACGUAGUGAAAGGCGUUGCUGAGGUAGCCUGGUGGCAUCCCCAUGUAAUUUGGUGGUGUCAUAUUGUAGCAUAGUGACUGAUUUCAGAGCAUCUUCCCACAGCUUCCCUACUCCUUUCUGUUUUCUUUUUUUCUGAGAGAGCUUGACCUCGAGCCUGACUCCUACUGAAACUCCUUUGUUCACUGAGGAUCAUUGUCCUGCACAAUGUGAAAGGCAGAAGAUGUAGGCACUAGAGUCUAGUGGCUCAUCACGAACCUCACAAAGGAUGAAAGGAUCCAUCGGGCCAGGAGCACUUCUCACAGUGUGACAGUGAAGUGGACACAUGCAUCUGAGAAUCUCCCAUUGAACUCACUGCCAUAACGCCUCACUCCUCGCACUCGUCACAUUUACUGUAGUUUUCAUUGCAUGCAGUCAUUCAACUGUGCAUCGCAUCAGCAGAGAAGUGACAGUCUUCACUCUGGCAACCACAUAAUGUUUGUGCAUGUGUUGUGUCCCAAGUACAGCCAGGGAUUUCCUGUAAUCUUGUUUUGUCUUGUGGUUGUGCUGCAGUGGUGCAGGUUCACAAUAGACUGAACAAACUUGAGAUUGAGAAGUUGGUUACCUUCAUUUCAAUAACUGAAGUAGAAAAAAAGUCAACUCAUUUAGAGCAAAGCUAGGUGAAACGUCAAGUAACAUCAUUUUAUUAUUAUUUUAUUACUAAAGACUCUAUUAUGAAUCUCUAUCUCUCUCUAUUAUCUCUAUGAAGCAAACAUUACAUGUGGUAGUGGUGGAAUACAAUUUCUAUAGGGCCUGUAGUGCUGCUCACAUGUGCUUGUCAGCUCAGAUAUGUCAUCACAUAACAUAAACAUAUGCUCACAGAAACCACAGUCUUUAAUAGAACUUCUAUAUUUUCACUUAUGAUGAUGAGAAAUUCUAAGAAGAUCUUUUGUACGAUCUGUUACAGCCACAAAAGACAUGUAUUUCUGUGAUCUUUUUAGUGCUGUUUCUUAACACACAGAAUAAUUUACAACACACAGGAAAAGCCAGACUUCCCAGAGAAAACAGUAUGUGAGAUAUAAAACUUAAACACGUGGCUGUGUGUUAAUUUAAAGGCACUAAACAGUGCACAGACGUCAUAUACAGUAGACGCAUGACUGAACAGACAUUACAAGACCAGUUAAAGGUGGAGCCAAUGGAGCCUCUCUGAGCUGCUUCUGCUGCAGCUUUGCAUACUGGGUCUCUGUCCAACAGACCUUUCACUUUACUAGAUUACGAAGGGCAACAAUACGGGAAGGUAUCACGGGGAACAUUUGGCAUGGCCAUACACAUUAGCUUGUGUUAGCAUAUGUUUAUGAUGGAUGGACAAUAACCUUUUGUAUUAACUAUCCCACCUCCAGCUGUGUCGGGAUGCGUCUCUUUUGCACCUGCGCCCUCUGCUUCCUCCUGCUGACGGAGACGCACCUGGUGAGCGCCACCAUUUCAAACAGCUUUAGAGAGUGCAGCCAUUUCUUCUACAUGCAAACAGCCCCUGUAGGGAUGAGAGGGACCAGCCUGAAGAGGAUCUGCCAGAAGUACGCGGACAAGCCGCGUUACGCCACGCUGUACGACAGCAGCCGCCGCCUCCCGCUCUACUCAGCCUACGUCUUCAAGAAAUCUGAUGGAAGGAGCCGGAUGGACACUCCCUGGAUGUACGAGCCUCAGUUGGUUUCUGAUGACCAGACUGGCAACAUGAAAGCUCUUCCCCUCAGAGCAGACACCCCUCCUCUGAUGGAGGACAGCCAGGCUGUGCUGGAGGACUACGCGGAUGCGGUGGAGUUCCGACGAGCCCCACUGAACCCCGACCUGCACCAAGCAGAGCCCGAUGACAAGUCUUCCACCUACACAUUGACCAACGUAGUGCCGCUAAUCGCAGACGUCCUGGUUUCCUCCUGGAACCCGUACUUGGACAUCAUUCGCCGGCGUCUCAACAACUUCUGCCAUGGUAAAUCAUUCAUGGUGACAGGCGUGACUGUUUCGGGACGGAGCAUCAAGAGAGACAACAGGGACCGUCUCACAGUCCCAAAACACUUGUGGCUGGCAUACUGCUGCCCAUGGUUUGACCGCAAUUCGCCGUACGAGGUGAGGUUCAUGUUCCCCAGUUAUGGGGGCUACGCGCUGAACGAGCAGGCUCAUCACAGUGUGGUGGAAGUCCCUCUGAAGAAGCUGGAGAGCCUCCUGAAGAGCCAGACAGACAUAGACAGUGAUAUGACCAUUUUCUAUAAAGGCUGUAUCUCAGAAAACCAGUUCAAGAAGAGAGACCUAGUCACUGUUCCAGCAUGACUGGACACUUUGAAAUGCAUCCACAGUCAUGGAUGAAAACUACUGCCUUCUGGAAAAACAACAAACUAACUCAGAUAAAUGUUAAUAGAAACAGUGUUAACUAACCAUGGCCUCAGAUGAAAUAAAAUUAAACCAGAUAAAUAAUAAUGUUAACCAGAGAGAUGCUAAAGAGGAAAAGAUUUAUUCCAUGAAUACAGUAUAUCUACAAGAGUAGGACUAGCAUAGGAAAAGUAAAACAAGACACAAAAAAUCGCACAAUAAAAUGUUCUCUAUGGUCACUGCCUGUAAAUCUUUUUGUGUGGUUUUGGUUUUAUUGUGUAAUUUUGUAGUAAUAAACUGAAAGAAACGUAUUGUGCCUCAAAUGUCAUAGAAUACAGCAAAUCAGUCUAUAGAAUACCUGACUGUCCCACCUUGUACUCAUCGCUCAUCAGUAACAGUGUUGCUUCAGGGCAUGUUAAUUUAUAUAAUCCAGUUGUUUAUACUAAAAUUUUUUGUUAUAUCAUUUUAGAUCAUACAUGUGUUAAUGGCAUAAAUGAAACAAAGAAUUACAAAUACAACAUGCAGUGUCAGUGCCAGCUGAAAAAACCCUAUGACACCAGCUUGGUGUGAUCAGUGAA